UAAUGCAUAAAUAAACACGCAGUGUUGCUGUAGUCCCGUUCUCUUCGAGUAUUGGCUGCUGAACUGAGAUGGGCCGACUAAAUUGCGCGGCUGUUGCCUGCGCGCUGGGGCUGCUCGUUGCAGCUGCCGUUGCGCCGAUCGACGCAGGUCGCACCGGACCCGAACUCAGCAAGGCCGCCCGUCGACGCCUCGCCACGUACCUAACCUUGGGGGGUUCGACUCGCCAGCUGCAGAACGAGAAGACUCUCAACUCGGUCAACACGCCGCUGGGGAGCACGUGCAACCAGAAGAUGACACAGAUGAACAUCUCUGCCUUCUCGUUCUACCGCGGCUCCAACGAGCUCUACUAUCGCGACCUGGCCAACCAGUCCAUCAUCACCGGCUCGGCCUUCUACGGCGCCACCGCCAGCCCCUGGAUCCAGGGCGACAUGCACCUGCAGAACGCGGGCACCUUCGACAUUGACACUGGCAAGGUCAUCUACGACCUCAACGACUUUGACGAGUCCUUUGUCGCCAACUUCCUGUACGACAUGUACCGCAUGGCCACCUCCAUAGUGCUGGUGGCCUGGGAGAACAACCUGUCCAACUCGACGGCGACGUCGUGUGUCCGCUCCUUUGUCAACUUCUACUGCGACCAGGUGGUCAAGUUCUACUCGGGCACUGCCUCCAGCUCGGACGUGCUCACCAGUGCCAACACCUACGGCCGCAUCGACGACCUAAUCCUGGGGGCCGAGGUGUCAGAUACACGCAAGAAAAUGCUGGACUCUUGGUCGUAUGUGGUGAGCGGCACGCGCACCUUCGACCUGACCAACCCCGACCUGGCGGCCGUCAACGCCACCGAGCGCUCCGCCAUCACCGCAGCCAUGGCCGCCUACUACACCAACACCGUCACCAAGGCCGGCCUGCAGGGCAAUGGGACCUAUUUCGCCGUACAGGAUAUCGCGCGCCGCCUCAACGCCGGCACCGGCUCCCUAGGCAAGCCCAGGUAUUACGUCAUGGUGGAGGGCGCCACCACCGACGCCGCCGAUGACCGCAUCCUGGACGUCAAGCUGCAGUCCAAGCCCUCCGUUUACCCCUACCUCACCGCCACUCAGAAGGCCGCAGUGGACGGACCGCUCGGCGGCAACGACGCGGCGCGCGCCGUGCGCGCCUACAAGCAGCUCAUCUACAAGGCCGACAACCACCUGGGCUGGAUGAGCUUCCUGGGCGGCAACUACAGUGUGCGCGAGCGCUCGCCCUUCAAGGAGAGCCUGGACACCUCAGGCGUGGACCUGUCGUCACUCACCAACCUAGCGGAGCAGUGGGGCGUGAUGCUGGCCAACGCACACUGCCGCUCCGACGGUGGCUCGUACGGCACGCCAACCAGCUUCGAGACAGUGGCUCGCAACCUAUUCGCGGGGCAGCAGGACGCCUUCAAGGCGGAGGUGGCGGACUUUGCGCUGCGCUACGCCAGCCAGGUGUACACGGAUUUCUCCCUCUUCCGGACGUCUCUGUCCCAGAACAAGCUUUGCGUGUAAAGGACCGAGGUGCAUGACGGCAUUAGAGCAUCACGCACUCAGCCGGGCUUACAUGUUCUGAAUUCGGGAUUAAUAAUCAGUGUGGCCGUGUGCCAGACAACUCGGAAGGCCUCCCCUUUUUCAUUGACAACACUGCAUAGCGAUGCAGUUAUCGAAGCCCCGGACGUGACCCGUCGAAUGAUCUAGCGUAAUACAGUACUGUAUAUAGAGCGGGAAUGCGGGAGCUUGCUCCUGUUGAGCAGGGGCGCCGGCAAGCGCACUGUGUGGGGUGUCGGGGUCUGUGCCCGUGUGCCGCAUGGGAGCAUGGCAUUAUGGCAUGGACUGCUGCAUGGUGCAGGCUGGUAUUGCGGGACAGGUUGUCGGAGUGCGGUGUGCUGUCAGGGCUUGCGGCAAGCCGGCAACCCAUUUGUGCAGAGAGUGUGCGGCGUCGAAUGUUCAGGCUGUGAGGCUACAGACGCAGCACACAUGCCAUAAGUGGCCAGCACGGGUGUUGAGGUUUCAAA